UAGCCUUGGCGUAAAACAACACUGUGAGCUGUCAGUGUGUGGCUAGCGACUUGGAAAUACUUUACCUAAUAUUUACAUCUACAGCUGAGUUUUAACUACAAUAUAAUGCCAUCUUCAGAUUAUGACCCGGCUUGUCUGCCGGACUUAUUACCGCUGUACUACCGGCGGCUUUUCCCGUUCUCCCAGUAUUACCGCUGGCUGAGCUAUGGAGGAGUGCAGAAAAACUACUUUCAGAAUCGCGAGUUCUCCUUCACCCUCAAAGAUGACAUCUAUGUCCGCUACCAGUCAUUCAGCACGCAGAGUGAGCUGGAGAAGGAAAUGCAGAAGAUGAACCCCUACAAGAUCGACGUUGGAGCGGUGUACAGUCACAGGCCAAGUCAACACAACACUGUGAAGUCAGGAACCUUCCAGGCUCUGGAGAAGGAGCUGGUGUUUGAUAUUGAUAUGACAGAUUAUGAUGAUGUACGAAGCUGCUGCAGUGCUGCUGACAUCUGCUCCAAGUGCUGGACCCUGAUGACCAUCGCCAUCCGUAUCCUGGAUAGAGCUCUUCGAGAUGACUUUGGUUUCCAGCACCGGCUGUGGGUUUAUUCUGGCAGAAGAGGAGUGCACUGUUGGGUGUGUGAUGAAGCUGCGAGGAAACUCUCUGUAGCAGCGCGCUCUGCUGUGACAGAAUACCUCAGCCUGGUCAAGGGUGGCGACGAAACAGUGAAGAAAGUAGUGCUGACUGAACCAAUUCACCCUUUUAUCAGUAACUCUCUGGAUGUGGUGAAGGAAUACUUUUCCCGAUACGCACUACAAGACCAGGACCUGAUGGGCAGCAAGGAGUCUGUAGACAAAGUGCUGGCGCUCGUUCCUGAGGAUCCAAGAAUCUAUCUGCAGCAGGAGUUUGAAAAGGAGAAGAAGCCCGAGAAACGUUGGAAACUGAUUAUGACAGAGGCUAAGAGGAAACAGGGCACUGCCAAGAAGGGCCAGUACUUUGAAAAAGAAAUCAUGCUGCAGUAUUGUUACCCACGGCUCGACGCCAAUGUCAGCAAAGGUGUAAACCAUCUGCUGAAGAGUCCUUUCAGUGUCCAUCCCAAAACAGGCCGCAUUUCCGUUCCCAUAGACGUCAGUGAGUUAGAUAAAUUUGAUCCCUUUUCCGUGCCCACAAUCAGUCUGAUCUGUGAGGAGUUGGAUCGACCCAGGCCAAGUGAAGAAAAAGAGACAUCAGAGGAUGCCAAGGAGAAGGAAGACGAGAAGGAUGCAGCAGAGAAGCGCAAGAUCAGAGAUUACAAAAGAACCAGCCUGGCAAAGUACAUAAAUUGCUUUGACCAGUUUCUAGAUGGAAUGGCCCGUUCAUGGAAAGGAGAGCUUCUCAGAAAGAGUGAUCUUCAGAAAGAAUUCUGAACUGGAUCAUCAGAAGGUGACACCUCAGAACAGCUUCCUGUUGCCUAAUAUGGCUCAUUAUGCAACUUGUUUUGAUGCCAUUUUUCUACUAAACAGUAACUUCAUCAGAAUCUGUUUUAUUAUGCUUUGUAAUAAAAGACUCAGUAAUAAAACAUUUAUUAAAAAUGCUAAAUAAAUCUCCUAUUUUUUACGAUAAAA